UGAGCAUGAUAUCUCAAGAAAACCUUAAACGGAAUUUCAUCAAAUUUGGCACAAACGUCUACUUAAGCUCAACGUGGAACUAAUUAGAAUCUGGGGUCAUAGGUUGAUGUGACCUUGAGCCCGUUUCAUUCUCUUGAGCACAAUAUCUUAACAAGGCUUCAAGGGAGUUUCCUCAAAUUUGGCACAAAUAUUCACUUGGACUUAAGAAUGAUCGUAUUUAAUUUUGGUGGUCAAAGGUCAAAAAUCAAGGUCUCUGGGACCUCACAAAACACAUUCUGGUCUGUAACUCUUGACCAUAGAAUCCAAAUGCUAAUUAUGACUAAAUUUCACACUAGUGUCAAAUUAAAUUGAUUAAGUGAUUUCAUAUGAAAAGUGAAACCAAAUAAAUGAUUAAUAUUAGGCAAGGCAAAUUUAUUUAUAUAGCACAUUUCAUACCCAAAGGCAACCCAAAGUGCUUUACAGAUCAAUCAAGUCAAAUUUCAUUGUACACCAAUCACAAGGCAUCCCCCAAAGAGCUGUACAAAUAAGUAUUUCAAUUCAGUUAGAUCUAUGAAGUCCAAAAUCACAAAUCACAAUUAGCCUUACAGGAAUUUACAACAUAUGACAUCCCUCUGUCCUUGGACCUUCACAACUGAUAAGUAAAAACUUCUCCCCAAAAAACUUAAACAGGGAAAAAAACAACUAUGAAUUGUUUUUUUUUUUUUUGUUGAAUUUUUUUUUAUAAUUCUGCACACACUGUACCUCAGACAGAUCAGAUGACCAUGUGAGACAUCCUGACAUCUAGUGAACAAAAGAAUCUACUGACAAAGAGGGAAGGAUGAUAGCUUUAAUCUAAGAGGAUUUUAUUAAAGUACUAUAUAACAAGACUUACAUCAAGCAGUCUAUUUAGUGUGACUUGUACCAUACAGUAUCAGAAGAUUUCAUCAGCUCACUUGUGAGAGGCGUGUUACCACAGGAUGUGGCAAACCUUGCUGUGCUUAACCCUACCAGAAAACAACUUUUUUAACCUCUUAUUGCUGUUUAUGGGUUACCACCAGCACAGUGCUUACCUCUAAUAAACAACCUUACAACUAGAAAGUCAAUUAUGCUACAAAACUGUAAAGUUUGCUUAAAAGUUUAAAAAAACUUUUUUUCUACUAUCUUUUAUUUGUGCUAAAAAAUUGAAAGUAUCUAAUGUUGAAAACUCAUGUUGGAAAUCUUUCUUGAAACAAUGGCUACUAAACUAAAACUUACAUUAAUUUCAGUUCCUCAUAGGGUUUCUGAGGCAUCCCAAAAAUAAAGAUCUACAUGUGAGGUCUCACAUAAAUACAUAUAAGCCUAUAUUUCUAGACCAAACUGUUACUUUGGCCUUAGAUGACUUUAACUUUAUGUUUUCAAUUUAAAAGAUAAAUAAAUAAAUAAAAGCUAAACGGUGUUAUUUCCUGAACACUGGCAGGUGCAGGAACUGAAAUGUGGUAUGUAGACCCUGUAGCAUAAAACAGGAAGUCUUCUCUGAACCACACAUGCAGUGAUUCUGUUGCUAUCGAUUCUACAAACACAAAGAGAAGGAACUGUACUACCUGCUGUCCAAAAGACGAUGAAGAACACCUCUUGUCCUCAUAUCAGCUUUGACUUUUCAGGCAGAUUUCUGCCUCCUGUUUAUAUCUCGGUCUUCAUCAUCGGUCUGGUAGCUAAUGGAUGGGGACUGAAGUCUUUGCUGCAAAACUGGAAGAAACUGGGUAACGUCAACAUUUUUGUUCUCAACCUUGGACUUACAGAUAUUUUGUACCUGCUCACACUCCCAUUUUUGGUUGUGUACUACUUCAUGAAGAGUCAGUGGAUCUUUGGACAGGUAUUCUGCAAGAUAACAAGAUUCUGCUUCAACCUGAAUCUGUAUGGCAGCAUCGGGUUUCUUACCUGUAUAAGUGUGUACAGGUACCUGGCCAUUGUGCAUCCAAUGAGAGCGAUGGGAAGAAUAACCGUCACCCACUCUGUGAUCAUCUCAGUCAUGGUUUGGCUGUUGGUGAGUGUUCAAAGUCUUCCAGACAUGUUCUACAUCAAAACAUACAGCAAACCAACUGGAAACACUGAAAAAUGUUUUGAUACCACCGACAGAAGCUUUGUUGAGAGUUACCUGAAAUACAGCCUUGGAUGGACACUCACUGGUUUUUGUGUCCCAUUGCUGAUCACACUGGGCUGCUACGGACAUGUGAUUGUCGUUCUCUGCCGUGCUCUGUCAGAUAAGUCGUGCUUUGUGUGUUGA